AUGUGUCAAAGGAGAGAGAGAGAGAAUAGUCUAGUACAGGGAAAUGGCAGCCUGCGUUUGUUCCGAGUAUUAACAUUGUGCUAUUCUAUUCUCCCCGGCAACGUAGCUGAAUCAGUGGUAUUGGAACGCGAGGCCGAAUCGACUCUCACAUUCGCCGAGGGAGCCAACCGCGCGUACGCAGGCCAUAUGACCCUGAAAUUCUCACCAGAUGCCACAAGCACUAUGCAGCACCACAAGCACUACUGUCUGGAGGUCUCCGACAACUGCUCACCCACCGUUGAUCAUUGUAUUAUUCGCAGUGCUAGUGUUGGUGUGGAGGAAGGGAAGGUGUAUUGUUUCGCUAAUCUACGGGGAAUGUUCUCGACAUGUCUAACAACUGUGCGGCCCGAAAGCCCCAGUUGUUGA